AUGACUGAUGAUGAGACUGAUGAAAUGACUCAAAAUGAGGGAGAAAUAGGUGAUGAGGUGUCUGUGAAAGCAGAUGAUUGGCACUUUGAAGUCAGAUGCAGCAAUGGUGCUCAAUUCUGUGUGAAUUUGAUUGACAAAUCUUGUACAUGCAGAUCAUGGUCAUUGUCAGGUAUACCUUGCAACCAUGCACUUAGUGUUAAGGGUUCUAUUGAGGACUUUGUGUCUGAGUGUUACACGGUAGGUGUUAACAACUCCCUCAACCAACAAGCAAGCUCCUUGAACCCAACAGUAUUCACACAAGAGAUCCCCACUCAACAAUCCCAGACUCGGUUUAUGCCAACUCCACAGCUACAUGUGCCAGGCCCAUCAAUGUAUGAUCAACUAAUGGGUACCAACAUGCCACAACCAUCAAGAGCUACACAUGGACCUAUUAUCAGAGGGCCUGCAGCUUUCACUGGAGAAAGACCAUUAUUCUCUGCAGGAAGUAGCAUAACAUCAGUCUCUGCAGCUUCAGUAGUAGUGGUCGACCAGGGCAAGAAAUUCAUGGUACUCAACCGGCAAGACAAGGCAAAAAAAUGA